AUGGACCACCAGAGAGUGUUUCGUUUGCUGGCUUUGAACAUUUUCCUGUGCUUCUGCAUUGCAUCGCCUUCAGUGCCCAUUGCGACAGAUCCUAUUCUCUCGACUGAAACGAUACCAACAGUUAUACCUUCUUUGGUGACGAUAUACUCGAUCGUGCCUGCUACCGACGCGGUACCAGACACUGUGACGACAAUCACCACUACAAUCGAUGGCCAAACGACCACCGUAGUAUCGACUGGUGUUAUAGCCGGCUCGAUCACAAGCACGAUUAUUUCUACCAUCUCUCUGACCACAAGUCAAGUAGUCGUCAAUACUGUCGGCUACUCGACGAUUCUCGGACCAGAUCCGACGCCAGCGACGACUGCUCCUGUUGUAGCACCAACCACGGCUGCACCAAACCCAGAAACACCGAUAUUGACCACUUCAUCUCCAUUAGGAGAGGUUCCCACCAGUUCAAACUUCGAAAUCACCAGCACCUUAACGACCUCGAGUUCCAUCUCUGCGACAUCAUCUUCGACAGCAAGCUCAUCAUCGAGUUCACCGCUCACAUCGGCAACUGGUAGCGAUCUUUCGUCACAAACCUCGCAUUCUUCAUCUACAUCUAAAGGACUGUCUACUGGUGCCAAAGCUGGAAUCGGUGUCGGCGUCGCCCUGGGAGUCAUUCUGCUAGCUCUUCUGUCGUUCUUGCUGGGCCAGCGCUACUCACGCCGUCGCAACGAGAAUGCCAGGAACAACGCUAGUCUGACUGGCGCCAACGAAAAGGACAUAUUCCUCGCUGGUCGUCCUUAUGAAGCCUCUGGCCCAAGGCUUGAUGCUCUUGCCGGCGGCAAGUCGUAUGACAUGCCGGGCUCAGACUCGGUCAAAAACUACGCGAACAACUCGGAUUUAUCGGCUUUGCCACCCGUUGGACAAGGAGACGAGCCCAUGUAUGUGGGUGUUCCUGCGCACAUGUCGGGCUCCAAGCGUUGGAGUAUGAAGGAAUUUGUGAAAUGA